AACAUCAAUUCUACCCCCAAGACAAUCGGAUCUUUCUCAGUUCGGCAUGGACACAGGGAAAACCGCUUCCUCCUCUCUUCUUUUCCAACUUAAAACUAUCUAUGUAAGCCUUGAAUUGAUCGAAAAAUGUCAGCUAAGAAAAUUUUUACACCAAGUUCCUCAGCAUGUUCCCGAGCCUCUGGUGUUACUUCAACAUCAAAACCCAGUAUAGUUGCAUUUUCCUUUUUCUUCUCAAGCAUCACACUCGCCUUCUUCACAUCCUUCUUGCCAGGAAAACCGAAAAUUUAUUCAAACGGAUCACGAUGAGCAAAAGAGCAGCAUUCUGCAAAUCCAAACUCUAUGAAUUUCACUCGCAUUUCUUCAAUCGCCCCAUAAUUGUUUACCGGCCGCCGCAGCACCGCCGUAUCCACCUCCUGACUGCGAAAACACUCUUCCGCCGUCUCUACUCCGCCAGAGCUGCACUGUCCCAAUCCCAGCCCCAACUCUCCAACGAUCUCAUCAACAUCAUGGAACAGAAACUAUCAGCUAUUGAAAAUCGACAUGCUCAAUUAGAGGCGAUUCUCAACCAGCCGGAUGCCUCGCCGGAAGAGUAUUCGACGGCAAACAAAGAGCUGAAGAAGCUCCGACAUACAAUUGAUGUGGUGUCUGAAUUGAGAAAGAAGCAGCAGGAGAUUGGGGGCAUAAAAUCACUGAUUGAUGAAGCGGAGGAAGACAAAGACAUGCGUGAAAUGGCUGCUGAUGAAUUGGGGCAGGCCUCUCAAGAAGAGGAGCGUCUGCGGUAUAUGCUGCUCAAGUCAUUGCUUCCGAAGGAUGAUGUCGAUGAACGCGAUUGCAUCCUUGAAGUCAGAGCAGGAACUGGAGGGGAAGAGGCUUCAUUGUUUGUGAUGGAUAUUUUUAAAAUGUAUGAGAAGUACUCACAGAAUAAAGGUUGGAGGUUUGAAGUUCUUGGUGUGGCAGAAUCCGAUGUUAAAGGUUAUAAGGAGGCUAGUGCCGCAAUCUCUGGUGCAGAUGUUUAUGGAAAGCUGAAAUUUGAGAGUGGAAUUCAUAGAGUGCAGCGAGUUCCGAUGACUGAGAAAUCUGGGCGAGUUCAUACCAGUGCUGUAUCUGUUGUUAUUCUUCCUCAAGCAGAUCAGGUGGAUGUUCAAAUCAGGAAUGAAGACCUAAAAAUUGAUACAUACAGGUCUGGUGGUUCAGGUGGUCAGAGUGUAAACACCACUGAUAGUGCCGUCAGGAUUACUCAUAUGCCAACUGGGUUAGUCGUUGCCAUACAGGAUGAGCGAUCCCAACAUCAGAACAAGGCCAAAGCACUUAAAGUAUUGUGUGCGAAGUUAUAUGAGCUGGAAAGGACUCGGCUUGAUGCAAAUCGUUCAAAACUUAGAACAGAGCAGGUAAUGAUGGUCUUCAAGUUGAAGCCUAUUAAUUUGAAGCAUUGGCCUAUUGAUAGAAGAUCAUUAUGCAUAUUUUUUAUAGUGUUUUUCUGCACUCAACAGAUUGGUAGUGGCGACAGAUCAGAACGCAUCCGUACAUAUAAUUUCCCUCAAGGUCGUGUAACUGACCAUCGAGUUGGCAUCACUAGUCACGCAAUAGAUGAUAUAAUGGAGGGUGAGGAUCUGGACACAUUUGUUGACGCUCUCAUCUUGCAACAAGAAAUGGAUGCCAUUGCAUCUUUCACUUCUACAUAGCAAUCGAAGAGUUAAACUGGCUUUUACUACCUUCCAUUUGCAGUUGCAGAUAUGCUACUGUUCUCCGUCAAUUCUGUGGGACUAACCAAAGAUCUAUGUUUCGACCCGCAACUGCUUAAUCUUGUACUAUUCUACUGCGAAUAGAUCUGUUAAGUUAGUUGGUUUGAGAUUGCAAUUUGGCAAUCACCUGCUGUUAGAUAUUGAUGGUGGUUUUGCCAUGUUUUGACAGAUGCUUUCAAGACCGAACAUUUUAGCUAGAGAAAUAACUAGAAUAUUAAUAUAUCAGAUGAUGUUGUUUGUGGCUUUAAGGCAGAAAAAUAAUUAUAUUGAGGAAAAGCAAGCUUGCUUGCUUACUUUUUUUUGAAAA